AUGGCUUCGUUCUCCGAGACCGACUUCCAGAUCUGCCUGCUGUGCAAGGAGAUGUGCGGCUCGCCGGCGCCGCUCUCCUCCAACUCGUCGGCGUCGUCGUCGUCCUCGCAGACGUCCACGUCGUCGGGGGGCGGCGGCGGGGGCCCCGGGGCUGCGGCGCGCCGCCUACACGUCCUGCCCUGCCUGCACGCCUUCUGCCGCCCGUGCCUCGAGGCGCACCGGCUGCCGGCGGCGGGCGGCGGCGCGCCGGGAGAGCCGCUCAAGUUGCGCUGCCCUGUGUGCGACCAGAAGGUCGUGCUGGCCGAGGCGGCGGGCAUGGACGCGCUGCCCUCGUCCGCCUUCCUGCUCAGUAACUUGCUCGACGCCGUGGUGGCCACGGCUGACGAGCCGCCGCCCAAGAACGGGCGGGCCGGCGCCGCAGCGGGCGCGGGCGGCCACAGCAACCACCGACACCACGCGCACCACGCGCACCCGCGCGCUUCUGCCUCGGCGCCGCCGCCACUCCCGCCAGCGCCGCAGCCGCCCGCGCCGCCCCGCUCAGCGCCCGGCGGCCCCGCGGCCUCCCCGUCGGCGCUGCUGCUGCGCCGGCCUCACGGCUGCAGCUCCUGCGACGAGGGCAACGCGGCCUCGUCGCGCUGCCUCGACUGCCAGGAGCACCUGUGCGACAACUGCGUCCGCGCGCACCAGCGCGUGCGCCUUACCAAGGACCACUACAUCGAACGCGGCCCGCCUGGCCCCACAGCCGCCGCCGCCGCCGCCGCCGCGGCGCAGCAGCUCGGGCUCGGGCCGCCCUUCCCCGGCGCGCCCUUCUCCAUCCUCUCGGUCUUCCCCGAGCGCCUCGGCUUCUGCCAGCACCACGACGACGAGGUGCUGCACCUGUACUGUGACACGUGCUCAGUGCCCAUCUGCCGAGAGUGUACUGUGGGCCGGCACGGCGGCCACAGCUUCGUCUACCUCCAGGAGGCGCUGCAGGACUCACGGGCGCUCACCAUCCAGCUGCUGGCUGAUGCCCAGCAGGGCCGCCAGGCCAUCCAGCUGAGCAUCGAGCAGGCCCAGACGGUGGCAGAGCAGGUGGAGAUGAAGGCAAAAGUGGUACAGUCGGAGGUCAAAGCCGUGACUGCGAGACACAAGAAGGCCCUGGAGGAGCGGGAGUGUGAGCUGCUGUGGAAGGUAGAGAAAAUCCGCCAGGUGAAAGCCAAGUCCCUGUACCUGCAGGUGGAGAAGCUGCGGCAAAACCUCAACAAGCUGGAGAGCACCAUCAGCGCCGUGCAGCAGGUCCUGGAGGAGGGGCGGGCGCUGGACAUCCUGCUGGCCCGAGACCGCAUGCUGGCGCAGGUGCAGGAGCUCAAGACCGUGCGCAGCCUCCUGCAGCCCCAGGAGGACGACCGGGUCAUGUUCACACCCCCUGACCAGGCCCUCUACCUCGCCAUCAAGUCCUUCGGCUUUGUCAGCAGCGGGGCCUUCGCGCCGCUCACCAAGGCCACGGGCGACGGCCUCAAGCGGGCCCUCCAGGGCAAGGUGGCCUCCUUCACUGUCAUCGGCUACGACCAUGACGGGGAGCCCCGCCUCUCAGGAGGCGACCUCAUGUCGGCUGUGGUCCUGGGCCCUGACGGCAACCUGUUUGGUGCGGAGGUGAGCGACCAGCAGAACGGGACAUACGUCGUGAGCUACCGGCCGCAGCUGGAGGGCGAGCACCUGGUAUCGGUCACCCUGUGCAACCAGCACAUCGAGAACAGCCCCUUCAAGGUGGUGGUCAAGUCCGGCCGCAGCUACGUGGGCAUCGGGCUCCCGGGCCUGAGCUUCGGCAGUGAGGGCGACAGCGAUGGCAAGCUGUGCCGGCCCUGGGGCGUGAGCGUGGACAAGGAGGGCUACAUCGUGGUCGCUGACCGCAGCAACAAUCGCAUCCAGGUGUUCAAGCCCUGCGGCGCCUUCCACCACAAGUUCGGCACUCUGGGCUCCCGGCCUGGGCAGUUUGACCGGCCUGCCGGCGUAGCCUGUGACACCUCCCGCAGGAUCGUGGUGGCCGACAAGGACAAUCAUCGCAUCCAGAUCUUCACCUUUGAGGGCCAGUUCCUCCUCAAGUUCGGUGAGAAGGGCACCAAAAACGGGCAAUUUAACUACCCUUGGGAUGUGGCGGUGAAUUCCGAGGGCAAGAUCCUGGUCUCCGACACGCGGAACCACCGGAUCCAGCUGUUCGGGCCCGAUGGGGUCUUCCUGAAUAAGUAUGGCUUCGAGGGGGCUCUCUGGAAGCACUUUGACUCCCCGAGGGGGGUGGCUUUCAACCACGAGGGCCACUUGGUGGUCACCGACUUCAACAACCACCGGCUCCUGGUCAUUCACCCAGACUGCCAGUCGGCCCGCUUCCUGGGCUCAGAGGGCACCGCCAAUGGGCAAUUCCUGCGCCCACAGGGCGUGGCCGUGGACCAGGAGGGGCGCAUCAUCGUGGCCGAUUCCAGGAACCACCGGGUGCAGAUGUUCGAGUCCAACGGCAGCUUCCUGUGCAAGUUUGGCGCUCAGGGCAGUGGCUUUGGGCAGAUGGACCGGCCCUCCGGCAUCGCUGUCACGCCGGAUGGGAUGAUUGUCGUGGUGGACUUUGGCAACAAUCGAAUCCUCAUCUUCUAA